AUGAAGUUCUUCGGCACAAUCGUGGUGGCUACAGCUCUGUUUGCUUCCGGCAUAUCUGCUUUGCCUUUGAGUGACCUUGGCGGAAUCCACCCCAGGGCCCCAGCAGAUUACGACAUCAACAAAGUUCUCAAAAUCUGGAUGAAUGAUGCCAAGACUCAAAGGAGGCUGGCAAACCACUGUAACACCAAAGGAGGAUGGGAGGGUUGGGCGCAGGGUGAAAUCGAAUCUGAGUUCAGAGAUGCAUUCGCGAUCCCGCAGACUAUUCGCGAAGAGACCAGUGUUUACAAAGGCAGAGAGCUCGCAGACCUUGUUCUACCGAAGACGGCUAAAAAAAGGGGCAUGGUUAUUGAGCUCAAGUGCGAGAAUGCUUAUGGCCAGAAGGGAGUCAAGAUUAAAGCCCCUGUACGUGCCGACAUUGCCAAGCAGUCCGCUGUCAAACCCGAGUUUAACGACUUUACUUUCAUAGCCCUUGCUAUGGCUUAUACAAAAGAGGCCGACGCAUCUCUCAGGAAAAUCGGCAUGAAGCCUAUCCGGGGGGCUGACGCGAAUGUAGCGGGCCCACACACAGUGAGAAUAUACAGGGAAGAUUACAAGCUCAAGAGCUUGAUCGACGAGAUAGAGGACUUGGACAAGGCCAUGUAUAAUUUGUUCCUCUCAAAGUCAAGGCCAGGCUCACCUUCAGGCACUCCGCCCUCUUCAUCUAACCCAGCACCUGGCAAGACGGCACCGGGCAAGACGGCACCUGGAAAGACGGCACCUGGAAAGACGGCACCUAAAUAG